AUAUGCGGCUGGGUAUUCCAAACCACGAGCAGCAACGCUGCGCAACAAGCAUCCCGGCGGUCAUCGUUCGAGCCAACCUACCAUAGCUUGAAAGAUAUGCGGCUGGGUAUUCCAAACGACAAGCAGAGGCCACACAGGCAGCACCCUGGCGGUCAUCGUUCGAUCGAGCCAAGCUUGCAAGAUAUCCGGCUGGGUAUUCCAGACUAACAAGUAGUAACCAUUCGAUCAUUCCAUAAAAAACAAUUGAAGAAGAGUCUAUUAUCACAAACAAUCAAACAAUCGAGAGACUGCGCUCAAUCAAUUGCAAGAUGAAGACGGUGCUGAGUUUUCAGCUUUUCUUGGCUGUUGCCUUGCUGCUUGUUGGCUGGUCAAUGCCGGCUACGGCCGAGACGAGCCCUGAUGCCAAGAAGAGGAAGCAUGAGGAGCUCAAACAGAAAGGCUGGUUCACUACUGGUGGUCUACUAGGCGAUGAGAAGAGCAAAGAUGCCGAGUCAUUGUCCGCCGCCCAUGGUUCCUCCUUGUUGGCUGUGGAUCCCGAAGAAUCAAUCUCAAACCAAUCCGAUUUUCGGAGCCAUGGCGCCAAGGAAGUUUUCGACAAAUCGAACCAUCACUCUGGUGGUACCGGUGUCGCUUCCGGAGUGAGUUACCACGGCCCUAAUGUUCCUAUGACCGGUAUUGUCCCAAGCGACCCUUCGAUGGAAACUACUGCAGACGACAAAGAAGCUGCUGAAAAUGGAAACGGGAAGGGCGACGAAGAGGAAACUUCACAAGCAGAAGACCAAUACAACGACGCUGCCACCAGCCUCAUCGAUACCAACACAGAUGAACACGACACCGCAAGGCUUGUUGCUCAUGCUAAUUCGGUGGAGUCUUUUCAGUUGAGGGCAGCCGCCUCUCUGGAUACACUCAAGAAUCAGGUGGCUGACGCCCGUAUUAACGGGGACAAGUCGGACUUGGCAAGAGCCACUGCAAAUGCCAUCCGCGGCAGUGCCACCUUGAUGGAAGAAGCCAAAGUGAAAUCACUGGCCAUGUUUGCCGUCCUAAAAGAAAACGAAGAUACCAAUGACUCCGAUGGCUGGUCAACUCAGCUGCUGACAAACGUCCAGUCCGUGACGACUCAAAUGAACAGGGCGUUGGAGCUGUUUCCAAAGAUGAUCAGCUACUUGGAGGGUCCUUCAAAAGAGUCUGAAGAGAAGGAACAGACGAAGAAAGAACCACUCCCAGCCAGCACACCGAUCGAAGAAAAUCAAGCAAUGAAGGAUAAAACGAGGACUUAUCGCAGAGGUCUCAAAGACACUUCACACAAGAUCAAUUUGGAUGUCCCGCCUUCCGCCUCGGAUUGGAAGAAAUCCAAAUCUCCUGAUCACAUGGCAUCUUCUGAGACCCGCCAAUGGGAAAAGGAAGCCUCAAAACACCGCCGGAUUCUUCGCAGUCGGUUUGAGGGGAAUAGUCGUGCUCAAAGCCACUUUGACCGUUUCACUAAGUUGCACGACGUCUUCCAGAAAGGAGACCAUGACGGUAUGCACCAUCAUUUUGGCCCAAUCCAGUCUCGCGUGACUCAGAAACGCUCCCUGAACCAAAACCAGCGCCACCUUGGCGCCGCAGAGGACAAAGCGAGACAGUGCAAGAUCUUAAUGGGAUGUGUUGGUAAAAUGUCCAUUUACGACAUGAUUCUUUUCUUCUACUCUGAUGAUAUUGACCCCAACAAUGGAAAGAUAGAUGACAACAUUUACAUUCAUACAGAAGCUCCCGAUGUGUACGAAGUCUAUAACAAUGCCAACGUGCAGAGAGCACGUGACGAGCUUCCCAACAACAGACCAUGGAAUUGGUACAAAUAUUCUGGUCGACCCAAUUGGUGUGACUGGACGCUGAGGCAGUUUUCUCGAAAUGUCGAGUAUGGAGAUGUUCCUCACUGGGAAGGUGGCACAAUCGCGGAUGUAUGCCAUGCUCAAGGCGGACACACAUAUGUCCAGUUGGAUCAGAUUGCAACAAAAGUUGGCUUCAAAGCUGCAGAUGAGAUUGCCAAGGAAGUGUUCACGUGCUCCAAGAGGCUAUACAACUCCAAUGCCAACCCAAGGAAAUCACCAUUCCCUUUCGCUAGAGAGCAAGAGUUCGCAAUCGACAUAGGAGAAUCAGGUGUGGAGGAAACAGGCGGGGUACAUGAUGGUGUGACUUCAGGUGUCAAAGGUUCACAAGACAGCAAGUCCAAACUGUUUGACAGAAGUAUGUCUGGUGAUUCAGGUUGGUGGAAGUCCAGGAGUGGCACUAAAGGAUAUCCGAUGAGGCUUAAUAUUCGGUCUGACGGUCGAGAAUAUUGCGUGGAUUGGAAUACCGGCAGUGACCACGACUACCUUCAUGCAUACGGUUGUCAUGAUGGCAGAAACCAGAUUUGGUACUAUGAACCAAGCACCAAACUAAUCAGGUCAAUGAGGGAUCAACACAAAUGCAUGGAAGCAAAAUCAUCGGGAGGCAAUGACAAAGUUUACAUGGCCACAUGCGACAGUAGCAAAACUAGACAGCGAUGGUACAAGUACAAUGAUCAUGGGAUCAAGAAUGAGGGGAGGAACAAGUGCUUGGACAAAGAAAGUGAUCGCGACAUAGUGGUAGACAAUUGCCACACUGGACAUAACCAGGAUUUCCUGGAGGUGGAUUCCAAAGACUUUUUUAGCAAAAUGAUCCCCCCCAGCGUGACGUUCAAGGUGCAACUUGAAAGCUUUGUAAGCGGAGAGGAAGGUAAUCCGCUCAAAGCAAUUGAAUUGAAGUGGAGGAACGGUGAAGAAUGCCCCAGGUCCAAGAUUACUUUGCUGGCUGGAUAUCAUGGAGAUCCAAUUCCUUUUGACUGGGGUGAGGCAACUGUUUUAGGUGAUGUGCUGACCGACAACAUUCUGCCUAUCUCUUCAACAUCUGCAAGGUUCCGAAUCAAGUGCACCCACCCAGACAGGCGGAUUUCUUUGUAUGAAAUUCGUGUCUUUGGCAUUGUGGAAGGAGGAAAUGGGAAUGUCCUGCCUCAAUUCAAUGAGGACUAUGAGGAAUCGUUCUUUGUGCCCACUGGUAUUGAGACCGAAUACAGUCGUGACAGUUUUGGUCAGGUAAAAGGUGAUUCUGUGACACUGUACAAGUAUGAGGAGGGUCUUGUGGUUGAUGGGCUUAAGGACCUUCAAACUGUGAUGGCGCGGACCUACAAGAGCUUAUGGGACAAUUGGCUGAAACAUGAUGAUGACAAUCUAAGGAGGAAGUUACAGCAAAAAUACAAAGAGCCAUAUCCAAAUUUCAGUUCUCAUCACUAUAAGUGUACAGAUUUUUACAUGCAGCUUGUUCGAGAGGGCGAAUCCAAUGAUGUCAUUAAUGAACAGAUGAUCAUAGCCUUUGCAAGACACCAUGGGAAGGAGUGGCGUGGUGAUGAUUUUGAGGAUCGUGAGAAGGAGUAUGAUCGGUUCAAUGACUCAAUUAACCUCAAGUAUGGAUCUGUGCAGAGGGGCAUCAACCUUGUGUUUGGAAAGGAUGCUUCUGUGGGCUACGUCUGUGGCAUCGAUGAAGUUGUCAAUCGCCUUGGUGCAGAUAAGUUCCCUGGCACAUGCUGCCUGGAUGCACCAUACGAGAAUCCUGGUGGCGAAUGGGGGAGGGAGUUUGACUGUUCAAUGACCUGCCAAGAGCGGGCUCCCUUUUUCAGUGGGCUCAGUGAAGAAAGUUGUUCAGCUGUUGGUGGUACUUGGUGUCCAACUACUGCUGAUUGCUCAGUGCUGAAAGACUGUGUUGACCAAGAGAUUGAAAGGGCCGAGGACAACACUAUGAUUGCGUACAAAGUCUACUUGGAACCUGGUGUUGUCGAAAACCCAAACGAUUUUGAGUCUUGUGGUCGUUCCCGGGAAUAUUUUGGCUAUGAUCCCCUCUACAAGAAUGACGAUGACGUCUGUGAGAACAUCAAGCAGCUUCACAAUACCAAAGAUUUUGGGUUUCUGGAUGAGUUCUAUGCUCAAGGAUCGCCUGCUGUGGAACCUGGCGGCAUGGGUGGAGGUGGCUAUGAGAGCAACUAUCAAUCAAAUGCCAAUGACUAUACCCACAGCAACAUCGUUACCACUCAGUGGGAAGAGUUGUCCAAUGUUGACACAAAAUGGUCGAAAACAAACUUGGUACAAGACGCUGGAAUUUCAGGUGGUUUUUUGUUUGCUCUUGGGUUAGUUAGGACUGGUGUUCAAAGUGGUGUCGAUGUAAUUUCAAACAUUAAGUGUACUUCUGAUCCUGCAUUGAAUAUUCCGUGCACAACUGUGUCGAAUGUUGGAUUUUUGGCCUGGCAUAUUGCUUUGAUCAUUUUGAACUUUGCUUACGAUAUUUAUGAGUUUUCUAUUGCCGAAACAACCGAAAUUGGCAAUGUUGGGCCCAUUGAGGCCUGGGAAAUCCUGCAAGUUCAAGUCGAGAACAACAACAAAAUGUAUGAAGCCAUGCGCACUAACUUUGAAGCUGCUGUCAAGGUUGACAGCAAUCUGGAAGGUCUUGGUGAUCUUCUUGCUUCGUUGGUGGGUUUCCUUGGCAAUGAUGAUGACGACAGCAAUGGCAAAGUCAACAUGAUUAUUUCAAAGCUUUCAAGCCUGGACGAGACAUGCCAGGGAAGGCGUGCUCUGAUGGAUGUGAGCCGUUCUACUGCCCAAUAUGCCGGGUGCGACGGCAGGGAUCAAGACGGUGAUGGAGCCAUUGACAACUGUGAAGAAGACAAAUUCCCACCGUCAGUGCUUAUCCGCUCUUCUUUGAAGUUAACAGAUGAUGGAGAGACAAAGCAUGUCGAAAGCGAGGUCUUCAGUUCUGCUGAGAAGGCAGUUGUCUCUCUACGUGGAGCGUUGUCAGUUUCAGAUGACUGUGCUGCGGAGGAGGAUCUGGCGCUGAACUUGACUGUCAAAGGAAUCAGUGAAUGUCAAGCUGUUAUAUCAGCUGCUCCUAUCCACUGGUGCAAUGAUGUCCCUGUUGUCGGUAAGAUUCAAGAGUUCUCGGUCCGUGUGGACACCAAGCCUCCUGUGAUUAGCUGUGGCUUCCAUGCUUCAACUGCACCUGGCAAAAAGAUGCUCUAUGUGGAAGAUGUGCACGAGUUCUUUGAUGCUGGGUUAUUCCUCCAGGUGGAAGAUUCCUGUUCUGAAAAAGUAGAUGUGGAUGUGUCCAUCACGAGUAACGAACUUGACAUGACUGGGUCCAGUGCCAUCCUCUCUCUCACCAAGAUGAAGAACUCCACCCAAACAGCCCCAAAUCUCUUUUUGAACCAAGCUACUUGCUCCAGCACCCAGAAGGCUGGCUUCUGUCGAGAGAGUCCCACCGGCAGCCGGGUCUAUGAGGUUUCGGUGAAAGCCACAGAUGCUACGGGCUGGUCUGGAUCUGAUACUUGCAAUGUGAUUGUUGCUCCAUUGAAAAUGGCAAGUGAUGAGCGAGAGCUUCUCCACGACGGUCUGAACCUGGAGGAAGGAGCGAAGAUGGUGGAGGAGUCUGGUGCUCAGCACCUGAUUGAAUCGGUCAGUUUUGUUCAUCACUUCUAACCUGGUUGGUUGUCUGCAUGCAUGGCUUUUGAGUGGAGUGUGAUGUGAUGUGCUUCACUACAGCCCAAUGGUGGAGGCAAGGAGGCUCUAGCUUCUACUACAUGCAAGGAGAGAGAGUGUGCAUGCAUGUACAAAGAGCAGGUCCUUCCAUCCACUAUAUAUAAGGAUACUACAUGAUAAAUAUUUUACCGAAACAUUUUGCAUGGAUCUCGUGCAACUUUU